GCGCCCCUGAAACCAGACGGCCGAGUUCGCGAAGAAGCUGACUUCAGAGGGGGGAGCUUGCUUCUCUUUUUAGGAAGGGGUUAGCCCCGCUCCCCGAACCCAGGAGAACGGCCGGCCAGAUUAGACAUGUCAGCUCGUGGCUCUCACUGAUGCAUAGAUAAAGCCAUUUCAUUUUUGUUACUAAAUCAGAGGAAGCGCCUCUGAUUUUUCCCCUCCUUUUCGGUCCCUUUUAGCCUGUGUGGUUUGGAAAAAGCACAGUUGGAGUAGUUGGUUCCUAAAUAAGUUCCGGGAGCGAGAGGAUACGAUGCUGCGGAGGCUGGUUCGGCAGUGGAGCGUCGCGGUGUUCCUGCUGAGCUACUCGGUGCCCUCCUGCGGGCGCUCGGUGGAGGAGCUCGGCCGCCGGCUCAAAAGAGCCGUGUCUGAGCACCAGCUCCUCCACGACAAGGGGAAGUCCAUCCAGGACCUGCGGCGACGAUUCUUCCUUCACCAUCUGAUCGCAGAAAUCCACACAGCUGAGAUCAGAGCUACCUCGGAGGUUUCCCCCAACUCCAAGCCUGCUCCCAACACCAAGAACCACCCCUCCCGAUUUGGGUCGGACGAUGAGGGCAGAUACCUAACUCAGGAAACCAACAAGGUAGAGACAUACAAGGAGCAGCCACUGAAGACGCCCGGCAAGAAGAAGAAAGGCAAGCCUGGGAAACGCAAGGAGCAGGAAAAGAAGAAACGGCGAACUCGAUCUGCCUGGCAAAACUCUGGCAUGGCUGGGAGUGGGCUCGAAGGGGACCACCUGUCUGACGUCUCCGCGACGUCGCUGGAGCUCAAUUUACGGAGGCAUUGAAAUUUUCAGCAAAGACCUUCAGAGGACAUAUUGCAGGAUUCUGUAAUAGUGAACAUAUGGGAAGUAUUAGAAAUAUUUAUUGUCUGUAAAUACUGUAAAUGCAUUGGAAUAAAACUAUCUCCCCCAUUGCUAUAUGAAACUGCACAUUGAUUAUUGUGAAUAUUUUUUUUUGCCAAGGCUAAUCCAAUUAUUAUCACAUUUACCAUAAUUUAUUUUGUCAAUUGAUGUAUUUAUUUUGUAAAUGUAUCUUGGUGCUGCUGAAUUUCUAUAUUUUUUGUAACAUAAUGCACUUUAGAUAUACAUAUCAAGUAUGUUGAUAAAUGACACAAUAAAGUGUCUCUAUUUUGUGGUUGAUUUUAAUAAUGCCUAAAUAUAAUUAUCCAAACUGAUUUUCCUCUGUGCAUGUAAAAAUAGCAGUAUUUUAAAUUGGUAAAGAA